UCCUGAUGUGUGGUCCACAGAAGGGGCCGACGUGCGGGAGAUGAGUCUAAACGCGUCCUGUCACAGUCUGUCACAAUCGUUUCCGACACUUCAAGCUAUUCAUCUAAUUAGUCGAGAACGCUCACCAAUCUCUAAUCAGCCCCUGAUGGGUAAGUGAGACCGAACGCUUCGGUGUAUGCUGGGGCUUUUAAACUCGGCGGCGGCCCUCUCUGGGCCCUCCGGAAGCUAUGGUACGCCACAUUCUUGUCUUUGGUGCAACAGGCGCAACUGGGCGUACAUUCACUCGCAUCGCUCUCGCGCGAUCGGAUCCUCCAGCGCUCACGCUCUACGUCCGCUCGCGCGCCAAGCUGGAACUGUCCCCAGACGAAGAAAAACGCGUGCGGAUCGUUGAAGGCGGUCUCACAGAUGAGAACAUGCUGCGCGAAGCUGUGUCUGGCGGCGUGGACGCAGUUGUCAGUUUCCUCGGGGCGUAUGUUUCCCUCAGCGCGUUCCUCCUCCGGACCAAGACCACGCCCAUCGCGGACAGCUUCCCGACGAUCCUUUCCAUCAUGCGCGAAUCGGGCGUGCGGCGCAUCCUCGUGCUCUCGACGCCCUCCUUCGCGCCGCCCCCGCCCGCCACGGAGCUGCUCCCAUUGAAAUGGUCGCUCUACGGGAUGUUUCCCAAGAUCGCGGCGCCGCAGGGAAAUGCGGAGAUGGUCGAGAUAGCGCAGACGGUGGCGCGUGCCGAUGACCUCGACUGGACGGUGUUCAGGGUGCCUAUUCUGACUGACGAGGAUGCGGAUUUGCCGCUGGCAGUGGGGUUGUUGGGUCCGGAGUUCCAGGGUGGUCUGCAGGUCAGCCGGCGUAGCAUAGCAAACUGGAUGUUGGACGAGUUGGAGGCUGGGGUAUGGAUUAAGCAGGCACCGGUUCUUGCAAAUUACUGAAUUGAAAACGGAUCGGAUGGAUUAUAAAACAUGUAUAGUACACCCUGCUACAGAAGAGAAGAAAUGCGUGUGGACCUAAAAGUACAAGAUGGUGCUAUGCGUGAGAUGCUCUACUAGUAUAAUGCAAUAUGGAAAUGUCUCGUAUCGGUUCGUGUCUAUGAGUGGUUGGGAAUCAGUCUACAGUGCAAUACAUCUGGGGUAUAGCAAAAGCAGUAAGCAAAGGUAAGUUGUAUCGCGAUGACUGACGCCAGACUCUUGGCCAGGCUGGCAGUGCUCCAAAUAUCGCCCAGUAGUCCAAUCGCAGGAUUAGAGUGCAUAUAAAGUAGCGGGCAGACGAUGAGAAGGAGAGGACAGCUUCCAAGGAAACAAUAGUCGAGACGAGACGUGACAAGUAGCGCACCAGGCAUGAUCGUGUUGUGGGUCCAAACGCAGGAUCGUUAUGUAUGUGUUUUUGGGGAUUUUCUGUGUAGAAGUUCUGUAGAGGGCGAAGGCAUAGGACAUGGAGGAGAAAAGGCAUGUAGUUCGUGGUGGAGUUUGGCACGGUCGAGUGUUGCGGUCGACGUCUACCACCAGCCCCCGCCGCUGCCGCCAGAGUUGCCGCCAAAGCCUCCACCUCCUCCACCUCCGCCAUAGGCAGAGGCGCCUCCGUACGACGAAGCGCGUCCACCGUAACCUCCGCCGCCACCGCUGCUGUAGUUGCCAC